AUGCUUCGGCACGAAUGGGUCAGUUCGACCGGAGUGAUACGUCAGCCUCACAGAAAAUUGGCUAUAAGAGGCAAACGAGCAGAAGGAUCACCUGAUGGUAAGCGAUCGGCGCCGCCCAUGGACACAACACCAGGGGAGUCACAGGAGCGUUGCCGGCCUUUUAAGAAGGAGUGCGCUCGUUUCUUGAAGGUCGGUAAACGAGCUGACGAAUUACCUGAUGGUAAGCAAUCAGCGCCGCUCAUGGACGCCCGCUACAACGUAAGAGUUACAAACGUGAUGUGGCUUACCCCUGCCAUCCUUUGCGUAUUAUAUGUCGAAACAUACCAAGAAGACGUUCCACAUCCAUUCGUGUUCCCUUUUCGCUCGAAACAGGCCUCCGCUUACCCUAAUUAUAACGUACUGGUAUCAAAGCUAAAUGCCGUGCCCCUUAAUGCUAACAUUGGACCUGAGAAGCUAUCAAACUACGUUAAUGUAGAGAGAAAGAGAGAAAAGAAACCUUCGGAGGACUCAACUCAACCCAGCUAUGUGGUAUAUCCUCAGGAGGAUGAUGAAUUGAAUUUUCCCUCUAAGAAUAAUACGGAAUCAUUAUUGUCAGUUAGAACCACAGACAGAGACGAUAUUAACAAAUCGGACACUCUGACUACGAAUUCUUCAGUUUACGCUGACCUUGAAUUAAUAAAGCAGUUUGCAAUAUACUUGAGAAAAAAAACGUUCAUAAAUCCACCGUUGGGCCACACUCAUGACCCAGGUCGCCAAUACACCGCGCUUUUGUCAGUUCUGAUGACUUUAGCGCAUAUAGUACGACGCACUUGUUCCAAUGUCGACGAGACGUUUGACAAGGCUUACUUGCCAGCCGUACAGUAUUAUUACCAGUUUGGACGCAUCAACCCAGAUAAAAUACGUAACGCCAUUGAGAUAAUUAUUAAAACAGGGAAUUCCUAUAUUCCAAAAUUACUGAAACUGAAGACGGAAGUGUGUAAAAAAUAUUCUCCCUGUUCAACAAUAUUGGAUAAGAAAAUUAAUAGUCACUUAACGGUGUUCGCUAAGGAGGUUAAAACGUUGGAAUUAUUUGUUAACAUAGCGAAGUCUUACGCUACUGUUAGUCGAGAAUUUAGUAAGGUAACACAAACGGGCGACGUAGUAACUUAUCUUCUAAAUAACAAAGAUAAGAUCAAGGAAUUCAUCUUGGACAAUGUUAAUUACGUUGACCAUAUCGACGAAAAUUAUCUGGGAUGCAGUUGA